AGGAGACUGGUAGAAAGAAGAGCUGGCAGACAGAUAGACACAUCAGCCUGGUCUCUCUCCCUAUCAACAGCCACCAGUAUCUGCUGAACUAUGAGCCAAACCAGGGACUUACAGGGAGGAAAAGCUUUUGGAUUGCUGAAGGCUCAGCAGGAAGAGAGACUGGAAGAGAUCAACAAGCAGUUUCUGGAUGAUCCCAAAUACAGCAGUGAUGAGGAUUUGCCCUCCAAACUGGAAACCUUCAAGAAGAAAUACAUGGAGUUUGAUCUGAACGGAAAUGGAGACAUUGAUAUCAUGUCCCUGAAACGAAUGCUGGAGAAACUUGGGGCUCCUAAGACCCACUUAGAACUAAAGAAAUUAAUUGGAGAGGUGUCUGGUGGCUGUGGGGAGACAUUCAACUAUCCUGACUUUCUCAGAAUGAUGUUGGGCAAGAGAUCGGCCAUCCUAAAAAUGAUCCUGAUGUAUGAGGAAAGAGCCAGAGAACAGGAAAAACCAACGGGUCCCCCAGCCAAGAGAGCUAUCUCUGAGUUGCCUUAAUUGGGCAACAUGGAUAAAGAAGACAAAUUGUGAGCCAGAGUUGAACUAGAUUAAAUAAAUCAAUUUUCCUGCCCCCCUCCCCCAGUCAAA